AUGAAAAUUUUUGUGCCAAAUUUACGUUAUCAAAAUCUUUUAAAAAUAGCUCCUCAUUAUAAAAUAAUGAUUAAAUUUACAUUUUGGAAAAUUGAUCUUUGUGACAAUGAUGAAUUCUAUAUAAAAAUUGAUGAUAAAGAAGUAUAGAAAAUAGCAUUUUAGAAAACAGAUGGGAUAGAAUUAUGUGGAGUGAAAUAAAAUAAUCCAGGGCACGGAGAGAAGAUUGUUGCAAUCAAAAUUAUCUAAAAGCAUUAAGAACCAUCUUUAAAAAUGACUUUUUCUUCUUCAUUAACAAUGGAAACAAAUUAAUAAUCUUGGGGAGUUAGAGAUUUCUUUUUAUUUGCAGCGUAAUGUACAAAAUUUUGUGAUGAAUGUGUCGGUAAUGCUGAAAAUGAAUGUACAAAAUAUCAUUCAAAUCAUACGUUAUAAAAUGAAAAAUACCUUAACAAAAAUUAAUGGUACUUUGCAUCUAAAGAAUUUUUUGAUAUGGAAUCAUUUUAGAAAAUAGAAUAAUGGAAUUUUUAAGAACUUGAUCAUUCUAGUCCUAAUCCUCCUAUUACAAAAUGUUCUGAUAUUGAUUUAAUUGGAGGAUACGAAUCUUUUGGAAAGAAAACAAAAGCAUCAAAAAAGUUUAUUUUACCAAAGCAUGAUUAUGUAAGAGUUAGAGCAACUAUCUACAAAAUUGAUAAUUGGGAAGGAGAGGAAUUCACAAUGUCAAUUGAUAAUAGUGAAGUUUGGAUACAAUUUUUAGGUUGGAAUGACCCCGCUCUAAGUGAUAUUUUUGGAAAUAAGAGCAUAAUUAAAUUUGAUAAAAUAGUUACACAUAGUAAUGCAGAAUUACAACUUGAUCUUGUAAGUACUCUUAAAAAGAAGCCAAUGAAGUAUCUUGGGGAUUUCGAGACUUUUAGCUUUUAUAUUCUCCAUUAAAUGAUUGUAUUUAAUUAUUCAGUGAAUACAAUUUUAAGGAAUUUCAGAAAAUAUUUGUGA